UUAAGUUCUAACCUAGGCAAACAUGCUCCAAGUCUAGCCCAUUCUUGAAUACAAACACAAAUCUCUCUCCAAAAGAGCCCAAUUUCAUCUCUGAUUAGAUACCAGAAUUAUGGGUCAGGGCACUCCCGGCGGAUUGAAUCGCCAAUUUCCCGGAGAUCGGAAGAAUGAUGGCGACAAGAAAGACAAGAAAUUCGAGCCACCGCCGGCGCCUGCUCGUGUAGGCCGUAAGCAGAGGAAGCAAAAGGGAUCCGAGGUGGCGGCACGGGUCCCGACGGUGACGCCACUGUCCAAGUGCAAACUGCGGCUGCUAAAGCUCGAAAGAAUCAAGGACUAUUUGUUAAUGGAAGAAGAGUUCGUAGCAAAUCAGGAAAGGUUGAAACCCCAGGAAGAGAAAACAGAGGAGGAUCGAUCGAAGGUCGAUGACCUGCGUGGGUCCCCCAUGAGCGUUGGGAACUUGGAGGAGUUGAUUGAUGAGAAUCACGCCAUUGUCUCGUCGUCUGUGGGGCCAGAGUACUACGUCGGGAUCUUGUCCUUUGUCGACAAGGAUCAGCUCGAACCUGGCUGCUCGAUCCUCAUGCACAAUAAGGUUCUUUCUGUUGUUGGACUUCUUCAAGAUGAUGUCGACCCCAUGGUUUCUGUAAUGAAGGUCGAAAAGGCACCAUUGGAAUCUUAUGCUGAUAUUGGUGGGUUGGAUGCCCAGAUCCAGGAGAUUAAAGAGGCUGUUGAGCUCCCAUUGACUCACCCUGAAUUAUAUGAAGACAUUGGUAUCAAGCCUCCCAAGGGGGUCAUACUGUAUGGGGAGCCUGGAACGGGAAAAACAUUGCUUGCAAAGGCUGUUGCAAACUCUACAUCAGCAACUUUCUUGCGUGUUGUUGGAAGUGAAUUGAUCCAAAAAUACCUGGGAGAUGGUCCUAAAUUGGUGAGGGAACUCUUUAGAGUUGCUGAUGAUCUCUCCCCAUCUAUUGUCUUUAUUGAUGAAAUUGAUGCAAUUGGUACAAAAAGGUAUGAUGCUCACUCAGGUGGUGAACGUGAAAUUCAGAGGACUAUGCUGGAGCUUCUGAACCAAUUAGAUGGUUUUGAUUCAAGAGGAGAUGUUAAAGUAAUUCUUGCAACAAAUAAAAUUGAAAGUCUUGAUCCUGCUCUGCUUCGACCUGGCAGAAUAGACCGGAAGAUUGAAUUCCCUCUUCCAGAUAUUAAGACUAGGAGGCGUAUUUUCCAGAUACACACAUCGAGGAUGACAUUGGCAGAUGACGUUAACCUAGAAGAGUUUGUUAUGACAAAAGAUGAGUUUUCUGGAGCUGAUAUCAAGGCAAUAUGUACUGAAGCUGGAUUGCUUGCUUUAAGAGAGCGCCGUAUGAAGGUGAUGCAUCCAGAUUUCAAGAAGGCUAAAGACAAGGUUAUGUUCAAGAAGAAAGAAGGUGUUCCAGAAGGGCUCUAUAUGUGAUCAUAACCUUGUUCUGUUUGGCCAUCAACUCAUUUCUCGAUUUCUCAAGAACUUUUACAGCUUGUUUGUCUUUUGAACCCUUGGGCUCUUGUUCUUACGGUGAUCUUGUGAUCAUUUAUGAAAGAUGAAAGUUCCAGGUGUCAAAAUUUGCCGAUCCAAAUAGGCAUGGUUAAUUUUUCUUAUUUCAUGAGGUGUCCCUGACCCUUCUUAAGACUCGUACUCCUAUGUAAUUUACAUUGUCAAAAGUUUGCCUGCAUCCAAUUGCUGUAUUGUAGAUCAUUUGAUACUGCAAAGCUCAUAUAUGUUACUUUCCUUGCAAUGAAGAAUUUCAGUGGAAAAAAAAUGCUUAGGUGUGUGCGAAGCUAUUAUGUCCUAUGUGCUUACGAGGAGAAGACUCCAGCAUGUCCCAUGCCCCGUCAGUGACCAUUGGUCUAUGGUGACAUCUUUCUCACUUCCAGUGUGUAAUUACGCUUGUGAUGUUAGCAUCUUCUUACUAUCA